AUGGUCCUCAUCUUGCUAAUAGCCAUUCCAUUGCUGGUCAGCAGCUCCAAGACAAGUACCCACUAUGAGAUGCUGGGCAGCUGCAGGAUGGUGUGCGACCCCUACACCCCCCAGACUGGAGCUUCUUCUGCAGAGUCCAGCCAAGAGCAGGGGGCCAAGGCUGACCAGGGCAGGAAGGGAAAAUCGGGACUUAGAGGAUUACCGGGACCCUCAGGGCCACCAGGUCCAAAGGGUCCUCCAGGGGAACCGGGCAGACCUGGACCACCAGGACCACCGGGUCCUGGACCAGGGGGCUAUGUCUCGUCCUACUACAGCCCUAAGAUUGCCUUCUAUGCUGGGCUGAGGAAACCACACGAGGGAUACGAAGUGCUGCGCUUUGAUGAUGUGGUGACUAAUGUUGGUAACUACUAUGAGCCCUCCACCGGCAAGUUCACCUGUCCCCUACCUGGCAUCUACUUCUUCGCUUACCACGUGCUGAUGAGAGGUGGGGAUGGGACCAGCAUGUGGGCAGACCUGAUGAAGAAACACACAGGUAACCUAAGAUGGGUCACUUUGUUCUGGUUAACUCUUCAACACCUCUAG